UCCCGCAAGAGCACAGAGACUAAAGAAAUGGAAAAAUUCACUCAUCUGGAAGCUCUGCUGUUUACUGCUGUGCUGGAGAAUUGUGUUGAUCAGCUCUCAAUUCUUGGAUAUAUCAUGCCGGUUUCCUAUGAGGGCCAGACAGACAUCAGCCAUACUGGCAUCCAGGAAAUGAAAGAAAUCGUAGAGACCCAGAAGGAGCUGGACAUUAACUACCAAAACCUUAUAUCAGCAAGGCAAGGGAGUGGGGAAACUGUUACCUCCACGUCUCUGAAAAGCAUCAAACACAAGCAGCAGCUGGGGAAAACUGAAGAUCUAAAAAGUACCCAUCAUCUUUCCAAUAGGGCCAUGAAACACAGUGCUCUGUCUGUAGAGAAUCUCAGAAAAAUUCAGGCUGACAGGCAGUACGCAAGUGAUGUAAUUACAGUCACUAUGAAAAAGAUGCAGGAAUCGGGAACGUUUAAUAGCCUAACAGAAGCUAAUGAGAGAGAGAAGGCAAAAAAGAGCAAGUUUCAUGACUUCCUCAUCAGGGAAGAGGAAGGAAAGAAGCAGAUAAAGUCACUUGAGAAACAGCUGCAAGACGUCAAGAAAGAAACUGAAAUAGAACUUCAGAACCGAGAUAAUAUGAUUGUUUACCUCAAAGACGAGCUCCAAGAGAUGAAGGCCAAAACGGACAUGGAGAGCUGCUACAUGAAGAAAAGCACAGACCUCCAGGUCCACCAAACCCAGAAGAAGUGCAGCAAUGCAGAGAAUGUCCUGGACAAGGAAAUUCAGAAGUUGAGGAGCAAAACUGAUGAGGAGAUUCGAGUUCACAUGGAGAUUGAAAAUUUCCUCAGGCAACACCAUAAGAUGGUGGAAGAGAAGCUGGAAUACUGGGUGGACAAGUAUGAAAAUGACACAGAUGCUAAAGACGAAGAACUGGAUGCCCUAAAAGCAUCAAAGGCAAACAACUUGGAAACGCUGCAGAGACUUGCCAAGGAGUGCCAGACAUUCGAGGAAACCAUCAUCAGUGACCGGGCGGAAAAGGAGGCUAAAAGAAGACAACUAGAGCAAGAUGCACUGGAGCUGAAAAGCAUCCUGAAGCUGCAGGCCUGGUGGAGAGGUACAAUGGUCCGCAGAGACCUUGGCCCCUACCAGGCCCUCAAGAAGAUUCGGGAGAAACAGCUAUCAAAGCAGAAAGGAAAAGGGAAAAAGGAAAAACCUGGAGCAAAGAAAAAGAUGUGAUAAGUAAAGAAAGUCGCCACAGACGUG